UUUUGUUGUUUGAUGCAGUAAUAGUGGUUUUAUUCAGCCAUAGGAUUGUCCGUCACGAUGUCAGGAGCUGUAGGUUUGAGGACAGACUGUGAGAGGUUGCUACAGCUCUUCACAGAAACCAACAGUGUCAGAUAUGAGCAGUUCUCAGCACUGUGGAGACAAACCAACUUCUCACUCAUCCACUAUGGAAGAAAAGAAGCCAGGGAACAGAGAGAGUUUAUUGAGGGUGCCUUCCAGAUCGUGCAGAACUUCCUGCUGCCUCCCUACAGUUUCCAGGUCCGAGUCGGUGCCCUGUACCUGCUGUACGGACUCUACUACACACAACUCAACAAACCUAAAGUCAAGAUCCGUAUGACCCUUAAGACGUGGUGUGAGCUUCUCGUGUUUCACCAAGAAGUGACGGAGCAGCAGCAUCUUGAUGUGGAUUUCAUCUUCCGCACCUUAAGGAUGGACAAGGCCUUCCUGUUCACGGCCACACCGACUCAGCUGAUUUUCGGGACCAAGGAGAAGCUGCCUGAUGAGACAGAUGACAGAGAGAAUGACCAGUUAAAAGAACAGCAGAGUGUCCUGCCACAAGUGUUAGGGGACUCACUCGAGCAACUCCAAGACGUCCACGAGAAGUACCACAACAUGAAGUGUGAGCUUGGCGUUGGGGGUCGACCUGACCCUUCCCUGGAGGUGGUCAAAACUGGCAUAGCGGAAUCCAUAGCUGAAAAAAUUCACAAGUAUGAAGAAUGGAGGAAAUCAACCAAAGGAAGGACCCGUGGCAGGAAGAGGCCAGUAUCAGAUGAUGAGUCAACAAUGGACGAAGGACUGAUUGAGUCAAGGAAACGAGCAUCGAGGAUAGCCAAAAUCAAGGGCAAAUCUUACGGCACUUUUGCAAAGAUGCCCAGGUCCAUACGUCACCUGCAGCAGGACACCACAACAUCAGAUGAUGAAGAGUGGGCUCCUACAACUGGUAGGAAAAAGGGCAAGGGGAAGGGGAAGAAGAAAACACAGGAAAAAACUCCCCCACGCUGCAAGUCUCCAACACAGAAAAUCAGAGAGGAGACCAGACGGCUCAUCGCCUCCGCAAUUCAACCGACAGCCUCCAGCAGUGAGGAAGUGCCAGCCAAAAAGAAAACAACCCCCAAAAGGAAAGCCAAAACUGCCCCAAAAAAGGGCAAAAAGAAAAGUGUGCCAAAAGUCAAGGUAAAAAUCGAAGGAGUAAAAAGUAAUAAUGUUGAUGCAAAGAAAAAAGGUGGUAAAAAAGACGGAAGGAAGAGACAGAAGAUGAGUGAAAGUCUUGGUGAAGGAACAAGUAGUAUGUCUGAUUCACCUUUGAAGAAGUCACCAAAGUCAACUAAGAGGAAAUCACCAAGGAGUACUGCAAGGAAGACGAGAAAAAAGAGAGCUUGAAACAAAAGCAAAAGCUGUGAUUGGGGAUGUGGAAUAUUAUAUUUUGAAGUUUAACAUGGCAACAAAAUUUUUGAGGUUUUGAACUUUCUGAAAUGAUAGGACGUGGAAGAUAUUAAUCAAGAAAGAAACGAGGAAAAUUGUUUGGGUAUAGAUUGUGCAAAGCAUAGGAGAAGGCCUGGCUCUAGCAAAGAAAAGAAAAGAAAGGUAUUUGUUUAUGUACAUUUGUAUAUAUGUUGAUGACUUACUAACAAAUAAAAUGACU